GUACCUACAGAAGUUCACACUCAGACACUCAAUGCUUGAGCACUCUUUGAUAUACACUAGUUCUCAGUAGACUGCAGACAUCUAUCUCUUAGAUAGGUACACACACACACACACACACACACCACACACACACACACACACACACACACACACACACACACACACACACACAAACACAGACACGAACUUCAUCAGACACAACAGAGGCCAGCGGGAUUCCUGCCCUCAACAUGGAAAACAAAGCUGACGUCAAGGCCAUCAUGGCUCGUUUCCAGGCCAACACCGGGAGUGCCGAUGAGAGCUCCUCACCAUCACCAAGACCCAAAGCGCCCCUCAACCUGACCCUCUCAUCUGGUCCCGCCAUACCACCCAAGAAACCAGUCUCGGAGAGUUUCUCGGGCAGCACUUUAAAUCUACCGCCCAAACCCUCCUCCUAUCUUAAAAACACAGUUUCCGCUAAAAGUGACACAGAGGUCCUCGGAGCAAACAAAACUAAAGCACUCACGAACAAAUUCUGCAACACCUCAGGUGAGACCGUGAAUAAAAAACCUCCAUUUGACAGAGGGCAGACACCUCCGAAGCCCCUGGAAGUAAAAAGUCCUGUCCUGAAGCCUCCUUUCAGCACAACACUUUCUAAUCCCAAACCUCCUGGUCCUAAACCACCUCUGCCAGAAUCCAAACCCAGCUGGGUAAAAGAAGAGUGCCCACCUAUUGAUCCCACUCCUCCAAAAGUGCCUCCUUUGCACCGAAAACCCAACAGCACCAUUGUCAGGUUGUGGCAGCAGAAUGAAGGCAACACGGACAAACCUGUCCCUCCCGUAAGCUUCAUGGCAGCCCAGGUGACCUUCAACAAGGAGACGGAUAAGCCAAAAUCAGACCUCAGUAUGGAGGCGGAUGCCAAACCACCUACCAGUGGCAAUCCUGCCGUCCCCCCUCCGAAACCUCCGGCCAGUAAAAAGCCCAGUUUGAGAAAUCCACCCAAUGCUUCUGUUCAGAACAGCAGUGCUAAUCAAGGAUCCACUUUGGAGCCAAAACGCAACCCACUCCCAACCAUAUUCAUAUUGGGCCCUGCUCCUGCUAAGCCAAAACGACCCCCCAAAGUGGACCUGGAAGACUUCAAACGAGCUGCUGGGAUCUUUACUGGAAAUAGCAUUUACAAAAAAACAGUGCCCCCGCCUCCCCCAUUCUCCGGUAACAACGGUAACCACACAAGCCGGCCUCAGCCACCUCUAACCGCACUUCCGAGCUUGCCUCCGCGACCUGUCGGAACCAUUGGGCACCAGGAAGAAUCGUAUGACGACGUUGACGCCAUGAAUAUCAGCGGUCCUUCUCCUCCUCCUCUUCCUCCAUCCGCAGGUCAUCCAAGCCUACGGUCCAAGGAAGAACAAGACGACGACAGUGGCGACACGUAUGAGCCGCUCGAUGAAACCUGGGACGAACAAGAGAAGAGGAAAGAGAAGGAGGAGAAACGACAACUUGAGGCCGAGAUGAAGGAGCAGAAGGGGCGAGAGAAGAAAGAACAAGAUGCUAGAAAGAAAUUCAAACUUGUGGGCCCCGUGGAGGCAAUCCAACGAGGCAAAGCGUGCGUGGACUUCAAAGGCAGUAAAACUGAACUAGCGCUGAAGCGAGGAGACUUCCUGGACAUCGUUCGAGUCCACGGCAACCCAGAGGGAAAAUGGUUGGGACGAAAACAGGAUGGAUCCAUCGGCUACGUGAAGACCACCUCAGUGGAGGUCGACUUUCAAACUCUGAAGAAUCACCCGGCUCAGCAGAUCCCCAAGUACGACGUGUACGACGACGUGGACGUGGCCUCGUCAGACAGCAGUGGGAUCAGCGGACAAGGAGUGGUUUUGCCACCUCCCCCAGAGGAAGAUGAGGAACUAUAUAACGAUGUCAUUGAUUCGGAUUUAGAUGUGCGUCGCCUCCAGCCCAGGUCAUCUGUUAUAAAGCAGCUGGGCCUCUUGAAGAUGUUCGAGCGAAACAGGCAACCAGUCAGCGCUAAAGUACUUCCUCCACCCAGCCAGUUCACGGCCGAGGAAACACCAGUGGACGAUGAGAUCUACUACGACGUUGACGCUCAAAGCCAACCACCGCCUCCCCCCAUCAGCAGCAUCCCAACCCUGAGAGGCAAAGGCAAGCUUGAAGAGGUCGACCCAAAGAGGACGAAAAAGUUGGAGAAAGAAGAGAAAGACUUCAGGAAAAAGUUUAAAUAUGACGGAGAGAUCCAGGUGCUGUAUCAGGUGACCAUCAGCCCGGCGAUGGUGAACAAAAAGUGGGCCGGCAAAGAACUGCCGAUCAAAGCCGGGGAGAAACUCGAUGUCAUCGUCAGGCCUGCCGACAACAAAAUGAUCUGCCGGAACGAGGAGGGCAAAUUUGGUUACGUUUCAAUUUUCCAUAUUUCCACAGACGACGGGGAAAUUUAUGAUGAUAUCGGCGACGAUUGCAUCUACGAUAACGAAUAAGGAGGAGGCUGCAUCUUGUGUAUAUACAAGUAGUCGAAUAUUAAAUGUUAUUUAAUCCUAUCUGGAAAUCGUCACUCAGUCUUAAGUCUUUUGGAUACAUUAUUUGAAAACAUAAAAAACAAGCAGUAUUUACGCCCAUUUCAUUUUAAUUUAUGUGAAGGAUUUGUUGUAAAAUAUUCUCAGCUUUGUGUACGCAUAAAACUUUUGUAACAUUCCCUGUAAGAUGCCGUCACAAAUUCAAAUGUGUUACAGCCUCUAAAAUAAUGUACAUAGCCUUACGUGACAUAUAUAAUGUGAACAUUUAUAAAGUGUCUUUUUCUUCAGUUCAAUAAUAAAUAUUCCAACAACUU